AUGGACACCAAAGAUUUCGACGUUAUUAUUGUCGGCCGCGGCCCUGUUGGGCUCUUUCUGGCAUGCGAACUCCGUCUUCAAGGCCUUUCCGUGUUGAUUGUUGAGCGCCGCAAUCUGACUGGAACGCAAGGUCUGGAUAAAGCCGGAGAGACACGUGCUUGCGUUCUCCACGGCCGCACAAUUGAAAUUCUGGAAGAUCGUGGUCUUCUUGACAAAUUCAUGGACAAGGGCAUGAGACUCCCCUGGUGGCAUUACGGAGUCUUAGAGACUCGACUACAGUUUAGUGCCUUUGGGGACGAGACGAAACAGAACUGUGUGCUCUUCGCACCACAGUACAAAACCGAGGAAAUUUUCGAGAACCAUGCGCUGGAACUGGGCGUCGUGAUCCGCCUAGGCUUCCACGUGGAAGCUUUGGAACAGACAGCAACGACGGUCCGUAUUUACGGCACCUCAACUUCGACAGCCGGCGAUCAAUCUCCCUUCGUGGCGACCGGAAAAUAUCUUGUUGGUGCGGACGGGUGGCGCAGCUCUGUUCGGACUAUGGCAGGCUUCGGCUACAAUCACAACGCCGGAACGCAGACAAUGUUGUCCGUUGAGGCAAGACCGGCAGAGCCCAUGCCCCCUGCCAUCAUCACGAAGAACCAAGCUGGGCUCGUCAUUGGCUGUAAUCUGAACGUGCCAAGUGGACGGGUCCGUCUGGUGGUUUGGACGCCUUCCCGAGGCCAUAUGCCAUUGUCGGAGCCUCCCACUAUGGAAGAUUUUAACCAGGCGAUGAAAGAGGUCACCGGUAAGGAUUGGCACCUAAGCGAUCCUGUUAUGCUCACCCGAUUCAGUAAUGAAUCCGGCUGUGUGACGGAGUAUCGCAAGGGACGUGUUCUCCUCGCUGGUGAUGCAGGCCAUAGACAUCUUCCCGCCGGUGGCCAAGGGAUGAAUACGGGCAUCCAAGAGUCGUACAAUCUUGGGUGGAAACUCGGUGCUGUGGCUCGUGGGGAGCAUCCAGACUCUCUGCUGGAUACCUACGAGUCUGAGAGGCUACCUGUAGCCCAAAGUGUGGUAGACAAUACCACUGCACAGUCUCUGCUCUUCUUCGCGCAUACUCGGCCAGAGAUGGCAGUACGGGAGGCAAUGAACAGGCUCCUCGAUAUACCAGAAGCGAACCGGAAACUUGCCAAGCAGAUCAGCGGAUUCGGAUACACGUACCCGACUCCCCUACACAUGAUAUGUCCGGAAGGAUGGGAGGCGCUGUCUACAAAUAUGACUGGCGAGAGAGCUGUGAACUUUGAGUUUCGUGUCGGGAAUGCGAAUGGAGAGGAAAGGUAUCUGAGCGACUUUAUGAAAAAGGGGAAGUGGGUUCAGCUUCGGUUCCUUGACAACGGUGCAAGAACGUCUACAGUGGCAUUGCCGGCCUUUGGUGAGUGGACUGAAGUGGUUGAUGUCGUUGAUAUCUUGGAGGCUGAGGGGCUUAAUAUAAGCAAGUACAAGUCUAGAUUCAGCGAGAUCCUCAUUCGUCCUGAUGGCCAUUUUGGCUUUGGGAAACUAUAG